AUGGAGUGUGCAAGAACGGUGUUUUUUACACUUGUACUUUCACUAGCCUGGGUCAGGGGUGCCGAAGAAGCAUGGAUCCAUGCAGCGCCACCAUGUGAUUUCCCGGCAACGUACAACUUUGGUGACUCGAAUUCAGAUACUGGUGGAGCAUCAGCAACAUUUGGACCCAUUCCGCCACCCUAUGGCCAAAGUUUCUUUCGAAGGCCUGCAGGAAGGGCUUCUGAUGGUCGUCUUAUCAUAGAUUUCAUCGCUGAGCACUUGGGAAUGCCACAUUUGAGUUCAUAUCUGGAUUCCAUUGGUGCAAAUUAUCGACAUGGUGCAAAUUUUGCUAGCGGAGGAUCAACCAUCCGAAGGCAGAACGAAUCCAUAUUUGAGAAUGGUUCAAGUCCCUUUUCAUUGGAUAUCCAAAUCGCUCAGUUUGAUCAAUUCAAAGAGAGGACCAGUGAACUCUAUCGUCAGGAUAAAAAUUCAUACGACAUGAGUAAACUUCCUCGACCCCGGGAAUUUUCAAGGGCUCUCUACACAUUCGAUAUUGGUCAGAAUGACCUUGCUACUGGUUUUGGAAAGCUUAUUUCUGUACAACUAAAGGCUGCAAUUCCGGACAUUGUUAAUCAAUUUGCUAUGGCAGUUACACAUUUGUAUCAACGAGGAGCAAGGGCAUUCUGGAUACAUAAUACUGGACCAAUUGGUUGCUUACCAGCAGCAGCAUUUUACAUCCAAAACCCGAAGCCUGGUUUUCUUGACAAAUAUGGCUGCAUCAGGGCUCAAAAUAAAAUGGCUAUUGAAUUCAACCGACAACUUAAAACCCGAGUUACGAAACUCAGGCAGGAGCUUCCACAUGCUGCACUGGUCUAUGUUGACACCUACACCGCAAAAUAUCACUUAAUCCGCAAAGCCAAGUACUAUGGAUUCAUGGACCCGACAAAAAUCUGUUGUGGGCAUCACGAGAAAAACAUUAACGUUUGGUGUGGACAAAGAUCAAUCAUAAAUAACACCGAAAUUUUUGGUGGUUCCUGCAGCUCUCCAUCGACAUAUAUUAGCUGGGAUGGAGUUUAUUAUUCUCAGGCAGCAAAUCAUUGGAUUGCCGAUAAUAUUCUGAAUGGCUCCUUUUCUGAUCCUCCAAAACCGAUUGACCAUGCUUGUCUUAAGCACAAGAUUCAUGGUGCAAACUUUGCAACAUCGGGUGCAACCAUUAUGAGACCAAAUGAAACAUGGUUCGAGACUUGGGCCAGCCCUUUCAAUCUUGAAAUCCAAGUCGAGCAGUAUAUUCAGUUUAAACAUAGAACGGCUUAUUUGUACAAUCAAGGACAAAACAAUGUUGGUGCUGGCGUUCGAAAGUCGAGUUUAGAACUUCAGCAAGCAGCCAUACCCAAAAUAGUCAACCAGUUUAUAGCACAAGUCCGAGACCCCUUGCCUGCGUAUUUUGAUGAACAUGGUUGUAUCAAGAAUCAAAACGACGUAGCCAUAGGGCUCAAUAAAAAGCUCGAGGAUAAGAUUAUCAAACUAAGUAUCAAGCUUUCUGAAGCCGCAAUAAUCUAUGUUGAUAUGUACAGCGUUAAGCAUGAGUUGAUCUCCAAAGCAAAGAAUCUAGUUUUAUCGAAAUAUAUAAUAGCAAAUGCUGAUGAAAAUACAAUCGAUUGUCAUUACCCUGCAAUAUACAAUUUUGGCGAUUCAAAUUCAGACACCGGAGGGAUUUCUGCAGCAUUUUAUCCGGCAGGGUCACCUUCUGGUGAGACGUACUUCCAUAGGCCAGCCGGAAGAGCCUCUGAUGGUCGUUUGAUCAUUGAUUUCAUUGCUGACCACCUGGGGUUACCAUAUUUGAGUGCAUACCUGGACUCUAUUGGAACCAAUUUCAGUCACGGUGCAAACUUCGCAACAGGGGGUGCAACCACUAUGAGGCCAAAUGAAUCAUGGUUUGAAACUGGGGUCAGCCCUUUCAAUCUUGAAAUCCAAGUGGAGCACUAUACUCAGUUUAAAGAGAGAACAGCUUAUAUCUACAAUCAAGACAAGGAGUUGUCCAAAAGAAGCAGGUUACCAAAGCCUGACGAUUUCUCAAAGGCUCUUUUUACACUCGAUAUAGGACAAAAUGACGUUGCUGCUGGCAUUCGAAAGUUGAGCUUCGAACUUCAGCAAGCAGCCAUACCCAAAAUAGCAAGCCAGUUUAUAGCACAAGUCCGAAAUCUGUACCAAAGAGGGGCAAGGACAAUAUGGAUACACAAUACUGGUCCAAUUGGCUGUUUACCAGUAACCAUUGUUAAAGUUCAAGACCCUGUGCCCGGGGAUCUUGAUGAACAUGGUUGUGUCAAGAAUCAAAACGACAUAGCCAUAGGGCUCAACAAACAGCUCAAGGAUGAGAUUAUCAAACUGAGGAUCGAGCUUUCUGAAGCCGUCAUAAUCUAUGUUGAUAUGUACAGCGUGAAGUAUGAGUUAAUCUCCAAUGCGAAGAAUCAAGGAUUUGAGGACUCCUUCAAAAUCUGCUGUGGUUAUCAUGGAAUUGGGUAUGAUGUAUGGUGUGGAAAUAAAGGAACUGUAAAUGGUAGUGAAGUUUAUGCUGGUUCAUGUUCAAAUCCUUCUACAGUCAUUAGCUGGGAUGGUGUGCACUAUUCUGAAGCAGCAAAUCAUUGGAUUGCGAACCGUAUAGUCAAUGGUUCCUUAUCGGAUCCACCAAUCUCCAUCAAAAGAGCAUGCCAUAAGUAA